UGUGUGUGUAUCCACUUUCUAAAUUGCCUUCUGCAUGGAAGGAGCCCACACCUCUCUCUCUCACUCCUCUGCACAUCAACUCGAUCGGAUUCUCUUCUCUAUCGAAUCACUUCCCUGACUCACUUCACCACCCUCUCUCUCUCUCUCUCUCUCUCUCUCUCUCUCUCUCUCUCUCUAGCUUUCGUUCUCUCUCUAUAAUCUGCUAGAAAACUGAGGGAAUGAUUCUGCUUAUAUGAGUAUUCCCUCAACUCUACACCGGCUCUCUGUUCUUAUUCACCGUUGAUUCUUCACCAACAAAUUUUCAGGUGACCAGAAGAUUUUUUGUUUGGUUCUACUGAGUACUAGGCCUUCAUUUUUCUAUCUGUUUCUAUGCAAUUUUUCUUCAGUCUACUGGGUUUUCUUCUAUCUUGAGGAAGAACCCCAUGCCUUAAUAGUUUGAUUAGUGGAUAUUGGAACAUCUAGAUCAGGUAAAAAUGGGGGUUACAAGUUCUAAAGUAGAAGAAGACAAGGCUUUGCAUCUUUGUCGUGAAAGAAAGAAAUUUGUUAGGCAGGCACUUGAUGGCAGGUGCUCACUAGCAGCAGCUCACGUUGCGUAUGUCCAGUCACUGAAAAAUGUGGGAACUGCUUUAAGCAAGUUUAUUGAAUCUGAAGCUCCAAUUGAAUCUUCAUUGUACACUUCCACUAAUGCAACACCGGAGCCUCUUGCUUUAACUGAGAAGUCCCUUUCACAUUUCUCAAUCUCUUCUCCUUCUUUAUCACACCCUGUGGAUGCAAACCUUUCUCUGUCACCAUCUCCCCCCAGCUCCAGCCGGUUUCAUGCAAAUCACAUGAAAUUUAGAGGAUUUUCUUCCAGAAAAGUUGAAGAGAAGCCUCCUGUAGUUGUUACAGAGACUUUAACCUCAUCCAGUAUCCCACAGAAUACUACACCUCGUUCCCUUGAAAAACCUGAAACAUCACCAUUUGAAGGCUCUUCAGUCCCACCAGGAACUACACCAUGGGAUUAUUUUGAACUUCUUCAUCCAAUUGACCAUGAGCUUUCUUUCCAAGAACUAAAAGAAAUGAAGCCAGGGUUGGAGAAUAUUGAUGAUGUAAGACGGCUUAGGGAAGAGGAGGGAAUUCCUGAGUUGGAAGAUGAAGAAGAGAAACAUUCAUUUCAUGCAAGUGAAGAAUCUGAAGAUUCAGAAUGUGAAUUUGAUGACCCUCCUGCAGAUACCUUAGUUAGAAGUUUUGAAAAUGUUAAUAGGGUACAAGAUCACGUUGCACCUAGUGCGUCACCUGCCAUGCCUUCUGCUGGAAGUGUAACUUCAGAGAAUGAGUUAUUAAAUGGGGAGAAAAGUAACUCUCCUCAUUUGUCACCGUUGAGAACUCCAACCUCAGCUGUAGCUGUUUCAUCUGAAACAAAGAAAACACCUGUAAAAGAAGAUGGAACUGAAAAUAAGAUUUCCCCCAAGGACUUCUUUUCGAGCAUAAAAGAUAUUGAAUAUCUGUUCAUAAAAGCGUCUGAGGCUGGGAAAGAAGUGCCAAGGAUGCUUGAAGCAAAUAAGUUGCAUUUCCGUCCAAUAGCCCCAGCAAAAGAAAAUGGAUCAGUGUUAUCAAUGUUUCUCAAGGCUUGUUUAUCUUGUGGGGAAGACCCUAGUCAAGUUCAAGAAGAGCCUGCUCAAAAUUCUGUGAAAUACUUAACUUGGCAUAGGACAACAUCAUCACGAUCGUCUUCAUCCAGGAAUCCUCUUGGAUCACAUGCUAGGAAUGACACUGAGGAUCUCAGUGGUGAUACUUUUGAAAAUUUUUGCAUGAUCUCAGGCAGUCAUGCUUCAACGUUGGAUAGGCUAUAUGCUUGGGAGAGGAAACUUUAUGAUGAAGUAAAGGCUAGUUCGAUGGUCAGAAGGGAAUAUGAUGUCAAGCGCACAAUCCUUAGGCAACUGGAAUCUAAAGGAGAAAACAACAAUAAAAUUGAUAAAACUCGUGCUGUUGUUAAGGAUCUGCACUCGAGAAUUAGAGUUGCAAUUCACAGAAUUGAUUCCAUAUCAAAGAGGAUUGAGGAAUUGCGGGACAAAGAGCUUCAGCCACAACUCGAGGAAUUAAUUGAUGGCCUAAGCCGGAUGUGGGAGGUGAUGUUUGAAUGCCACAAGCUUCAGUUCCACAUUAUAUCGAUAGCAUACAAAAACGGGAGCGCCAAAAUCUCUAUGCAGUCGGAGUCACAUCGGCAGAUCACUAUCCUUCUAGAAAAUGAACUUGAUUCUCUGUCAUCAUGUUUUACAAAGUGGAUUGGUGCUCAGAGUUCCUAUCUUCAGGCUAUAAAUGACUGGCUCUUCAAAUGUGUCUUUCUUCCAGAAAAACCUACUAAGAAGAAAAGGAAACAACCAUCCCCUUCUUUAACUUUGAGAAGAAGUGGCCCUCCAAUAUAUGUAACCUGUGGCGUCUGGUUAGAGAAGCUUGAGAACUUGCCUGCAAAGGCGGUUGCGGAUGCUAUGAAGGGUUUGGCAGGAGAAACUGCUAACCUUUUACCCCGCCAAGAAAAAAACCAAGGGAAGAGUUCAAACCUAGGAUUGUCAAAGGCUGAUAAUGGUAGUGAUUCAGGAAUUAAUAUGUUGAGGGAUGAAGCUUCUGAAGACUUCAUUUCAGGUUUUGAGCGAUUUCGAUUGAGCUUGGAGGGGUUUCUUGGCCAGUUGAAUAACUUUGCAGAGUGUUCUGUAAAAAUGUAUGAAGAACUCAAGAAGUCGAUCCAGGAUGCUAAGAAUCCCCCAUCACAACCUCCAUUCCAGCCGCAAGUUGUUUAAUUGGAAAAAGAAUUUGUAUGCAGAAAAGUUCAGAAUUUCAUGUGCAGCAGUAUUCAAAAUUCUGAUGAAUGAAAGAUCCUUUCACAGAGUUCAGUUGGAUGUGCGCAUUUGUACAUGAGGAAAGUAAUAAAAGAGUUACAUGGAAGCCGUUUGUGUUACAAAAAUGAAAUAAAGAAGCUGACAAUAAUUUUCAAUAGAGAGCCUAUAGAGGGAAGAGGGGCGACUGUGUUGUCCAAAAAGAUGUAAUCACCUGGCUUCUGGAUGUGACAAAUAGUGAGUUUUUUCAAUGUAAUAGAACCUGUAUAGUUUUCCCUAGUCCUUGCCAAUUUUUCUCAGCGAGUAUAGGAACUCGGUUCAAAUUCUACCCCAGUUAAAUAUCUUGAUUACGCAGUACAUUUGCAUUUUAAUCAUAUUUCAUUAGAUACUUA